GCUGGGAGCACGAGUUCAUCCUGCCGCGGAAAGACCUGCUGGACAACAUCAAGGCAUGUGUGGUCGGCCGGAAGCGGGUCUGCCACUCCAUGCUGCGGCAGGCCGACACCAGUUGCACGGAGGUGCUGGUGCGCGGCUUUGCCUGGAGCAUCAGCCUGCAGCACGGCCUGCCGUACGGGUCAGCAGACGUGGGCAUGUACCUGAUGUGCAACGUGCCGCCUGUGAUGCUGGGGCCCGGGCUUAAGGAGGGAGAGCUGCCGGGUAUCGCCGCGCCGCACGCCAAGUUGGAGGUGUUUGGUGGCAACGCGGCCGGCGGCGCCCCCUGCACCCUCAUGUCGCUCAAGUACACGGCACGGCGCGACAGCCCCUAUCUGGGCAAGGGCUGGGGCUACGCCAAGGUCAACCUUCUGCCGGGGCUGGGUGAGGCGGCCGUGUCGGCGGCUGUGACGGCGGCGGAUACGGUGCUAGAGUCACUGGCGGUGGCAGAAGGCAAAGGCGAAGGGCAGCAGGGCCAGGGGGAGCAGGAGCAGCAGCAGGCAGGGAUGCCGUCGAUGGCGGAGGAGGUGGAGCAGGCGCUACUGGCUCCGUGGGAGCAGGCGCUUGUGGACGGCCGCGUGUCGGGCAAGAUCACCUUUUACCGCUACAUCAACUAAAGCUGACUGGGAUUCAAAGACACUGGCUGGGAUAGGGAUGGCGGCAGGACACGGUACAGCACUGGCGCGUGCGUGUGCUUGGUGCGUCAGGGGUGUGAUGGCUGCUGCCCUGACUGUUGGCGUGCCGAGACCAGUGCGAGCUGGCACGUGUGCACAAGCAUGCCAUGUGGUCUGCGUGCGUGGGUGUAACUGGCGAGUGCGUGGGUGCAGCCCAAGGUGCAGCCUUCCUAAAUAGAACACUUGCAUGGGAGGAUUCGUUGGACACCGGUAAUGGCAGUGCACGCUGUGUGGCAUGCAACGUGCUGGAUUCUCGAGCGUGCGCCGUGGGCUAAAACCGUCAGCGUGCCAUGUGUGUAGGCGCAUGCAAUGUGAUCUACGUGAUUGUGGAGGCGCGCUUGGUUGCGAGCGUGCGCGCAGGUUGAUGAGUAAGCCGCCGAGCAGUGAGUGGAUCCAGCGAGCAGGCGGGCAGGUGGCGUGCAUGGCCGCUUGGUGGGUACGCGCGGACGGCAUGCUUAGUGUUUGCAAGUUGGAAGGCACCAAUGACCAAGCAAGGCACGAGUGAACAAGAGGCUGCCAUAGGCCGAGGUAGUAAUUCACAAGUACGGUGCCGUAACUGUGCGCCUGCCUCGGGAAUGCUCGAGGCAGGACAAAUGCGGUUGAUGCUUGGGUUGGGCCUGUCAUGUCUGACUGGGCGGCACUGGUGUGCAUUGACGUUAGUUGUGGUCGGGAGCACUGCGCUGGAGCGAGGGCUGGCGGGCACCUAUGCGGUCUAGGGGAGGUGUUGGUCCUAUCUAUAACCCUUGGUAAAGCUUGGGAGUCGUAUUUGCUAAUCGAGACGCCCAGGCCGGCACCUCCAGCAGGCAGGCCACAGACUGUGGGUGGUUUGCCAGCACGUGCACGCAACUGCUUUGCCAUACGUCGCUCUCCGACACUAAAGGUAUUUGUGGAGGAACGAGGCUUCUUGCAUUCGUCCCUGUCAACUGCCUAUGAGCUUGUUGAGUAUUGCCAUCAAUGCAGCG